UUAUAGAUUUAAGCGUGCAGUUGUAUUUCCGGGAAGAUUGUUUUCUUUUUUUGUCUAUAGAUAUACUAUCUCAAUCACUGUGAUAUUACAGGUAAAUUUUUUUGAAUUUACUAUAUGUUAAUAAAAUUAAAAAUGCCGUAGCAUAUCCAUCUGCUUUAACUCAAUAUUUCUGUUAUUCGACAAAAUAAUAGGCGGCGUGAGUGAUAAUUCAAGAAUUGUUUCUUUCUUCUAGAACAGAAAUGGUUAAAUUAUUCGUAGGGAACAUCCCAGAUGAUCUAUAUAGCAAUGAGUUGCGUGAACUUUUUCAAGAAUAUGGUUCAGUUGAAGAGGCAACUAGACUAUCAAAAUUUGCAUUUGUUCAUAUGCCGAAUGAGGAUGAAGCUGAUCGUGCUUUGAAAGGAUUAGACAAAUAUCAUCUGAGAGGUUUUAAUAUUAAUGUGGAGAUUUCAACUAGCACAGCAGGAGAGAAAGGCGGACCGAGAAAUAGAAAUGAAAGAGGAAAUUCCGCUGGACCUACGCGUGGUAGGGGGAUGAAUGACCGGGGAAGAGGAGGCGAUAGCGCUUACAGAGGAGGCCCACCUGGGGGUCAAAGUCAUUCUAAUAACCGAUAUAACCCAUAUAACGAUGGACCUCCUGGUCCAUAUUAUCAAGCGGGAAAUCGAUCUGAAUAUGAACGCUAUUUCGAGAAGAGACCUCUUAAUGAUAUGGAAAGGCGGCUGUUAAACGUACUUCUUAGAAGAAAGGAAGACUUUGAUGGACCUCAGCAACAACCCGUUUGGGAUCCUUACAACAGGCCACCGCCGGAAGCCUACAAGAGGCCAAAUGAAGGGUAAGCGACGCUUAAACACCAAUGUCGUUUACGUGGUCAUCAGGAAUAUUAGGUGAAAACUUUAAUUACUAGAUAUUUGCUGCCUUUUCUCUCUAAAUGAUCGUUGAGCACUUUUUUAAUUAAACCAAAUUUGUCUUACAAUUACUUUUCUCAUUUCAAUUUUCUACUUUGUGGCAUAUAAGCUGACUUUAAUUUCAUUUAGCGUAUUGAUUGUUCAAGUAUCGUACCAGCUUAACAGUAUUUACUUAACACUACCUCUCCGACUAGAAUUAAUUUAAUUUCUUUGGUUAAUAGUGUUUACAUCAUGUAGUUCAAAUAAUUUGCAGCAAAGGUAUGACAUUUUAUAUUAUUGUUACUAAAGUUAAGAAAUGUUACACUUCUGUGUCAAAAUAUCAGAAUGAAAGCUGAUUCGCCUAUGUAUAUUAAAUCAAUCGGAAGUGAAUUCAGUCAAGUACACAAAUACUAUAAUCUGUACAUAGACUUGUAAUAUGAAAAAAUAUGUUAAAGACUUAUAGAUUAAACCCUAGUAACUGUUAUAUGAGUAGAAUGUGUAUUUUCUUUCAGACCGGGGAGCUCCUAUAAGGCCGCGAUUACAACCAACAAGAGUAAAUCAGGGGUUACUGGAUCGACCAUCUAUGGAUCAACUCUGGGUGCCUACCAAUAAGCAUGUAGUAGAUUAUCAUUGCUACUAUUCUAUGUAUCUAUUCUCUGCUCUCCUUCUAUGUAUAUAUAUAUAUAUAUAUGUAUAUGUACUGUAUAUAUAUAGGUAUUAAGUGUAUAAAAAAAAAAAGUUAUCCAUUUUAUUCAUAUCUUUGUAAACAGCUAUCUUGGAAUCAAAUUCAUAUGCAGCACAAGAAAAUUGCACUGUUAUACUAUACAAGACAAAAUAACUUUUUGAUAAUAGCUUUUUUAUUAAAAAUUUAUGAUUUUUGUUUCACUAUUUUUGUCGAUUUAAAACUGAAGAUUUGUAAUAAGGCGUUUUAUUUUUUGUUAAAAUAUAUGCUAGUAAACAGGUAUUUUUUUAAAAAA